GGGGCUUGGCCCAGGCUCCUUCUUCCAAGCAGCUCCUUCCAGCAGCCAAAUACUGCCUGUCAAAAAAGAGAGGUGGCAGGGGGAUUUGGAGGGAACGAGGUGGCAGGAAAAGCUGGAGCGUAAUUGAUUUGAUGUCCCCAUCCCAGCAGCUAAGCUCAAUAAUAAUUAUAUGCAAGCUGCGGUUAAGGGAAGCAGUGGAGGAGAGAGGAAGCAGCCAUGAAUCAUGGCCCCCGAGCAUGGUAGCCUGCAGCAGCCAUGUGGCCGACUCUGGGGGUAAAGGACCCGAAUGAUGACGGCCGGUCACAUCUUUUCCAGGCUCUAGGAUUGGAUCCUAACAACUCCUGUAUUGCCUUCACAUAGACCGCCGUGGCACUGUUUCUACAUGCCCCUGCACCACGCCAUCCAGACCUCCUUACAGCCAGCAAUCAGGUGACACUCCAUUUCACUUCAAAAUUUCCCAGCUAUCGAACGGAAUUUUACUGCCCGCCUGCCUGACCUUCAGCAACAGGGAAUUAAAAAUGGCCAUCUUUGACCUUUGGAGAAGGAAAGAUGGCUUUGGCCGGGUGAAGUCUUGACAGUGAACAGUCAAGCCUGUAAAGAAGUUUGGAGCAGCCACGUUAAGAGGCAGGCAGGCCAUUCCAGGCAGGAGGCUGCCAACCCUGCUUUGAUAUGGGUAUCGUUGGAGAGGAUCCUUAGUCAAGCCUUACAACAACACAAUCCUAACAAUAUCUACUCAGAAAGAACGAUGGGAACUGUGCGAGGAGUCUUCUCUGAAUUCUCAGCAUCCUCACCAAACUGCUAUUCCAAGAAUUCUUUAAGGGGAGUCUUGGCAGUUAAAAUGCUGGGGAUUCCCCACAUAUUCUUUCAUAAACACCUGCGAUGAAAGGCCUGAGAGAGAGAGAAUGAUCACAGCCAUGCUGAACACCAAGAUCCCUCAGCACUCUUGCUGGUCCCUCAGAUCACAGUAUUGCCAGUCUGAGCAUUGACUGCAGUGUUAUCCAAGUGUGGUUGCAGUAUAGAUUUCUACAAUGUGUGGUAUAGUGGUUAGAGUGCUGGACUACGACCUGGGAGACCAGGGUUCCAAUCCCCACACAGCCAUGAAGCUCCCUGGGUGACCUUGGGCCAGUCGCUGCCUCCCAGCCUCAGAGGAAGGCAAUGACAGUUCCUGAUCCAUAAGAAGACAUUUCCUGUUAUUCUAUGAUGGCUAAGCUUACGCAGGAGUCUUUAAUGAGAUGAGAAGCAAAGAAAACAUGAUGAAGAAGCUGGAGAGCCCACAGCCGCCUGUUACCCCAGAGCAGCAAAAUCCAUCGCCACCAGUUUCCCCCAUCCCUAUCCCUUCCCCAGCUACUGGGAGGGAUGAAGUAGACGCCACCCCACUCUCUACUCACUCCACCUCUUCCUCUCCUCCAGCCAAGGGGAGUCCUCUCCCUGAGCCUCCCCCAGCACCUUUGCCCCACAAUGUCCCUGUCAUCAGUCUGGGUUACAGCAAGCCCCCCACUCAGGUCGAGGUCCCCACCACCCAGCUCACUGCACUGCAUCCCAUUCCCAGCCUCUUACAGCUCUCAGCUUUGCCAUCUGUCCCUCCUCCGCCCCCUAUGUCAAAUCUAGCUGGAGUUAGGAGCCCCCUUUUGGCCCCACAGUAUCAGCCUCCUUAUCAGCCCUUUCUCAACAGCAUCUACAUUGGCACCUCUGGGACUUUUGGCCUCUUCCCCAACAAUCGUCUCAAGCGCAGGCCAAGCCAUUAUGAACAGGACAUCACAGAGGGUCUUCAGCCCCAGAAGGUGGCACGCCGAGUCUUCACCAAUAGCCGGGAGCGCUGGCGGCAACAGAAUGUGAACGGUGCCUUUGCUGAGCUCCGGAAACUCAUCCCCACGCACCCCCCUGACAAGAAGUUGAGCAAGAAUGAAAUUCUGCGCCUGGCCAUGAAAUAUAUCAACUUCCUGGUCAAGCUGCUGAGUGACCAGGCCAGGUCGGCUGAUGGGGAGCCUCCGUAUACUGAAGCCCCCUGCAAUGGGACCCCAAGGACUCCCUCCCCACCAGCUCCCAUAAAAACAGAACAGGUGACAGUGGAGCCAGUGACUGUGCUGGGGCCAGGAGAGCCACGGUGAUGAAGAGCUCCCCUGACUGGCAGCGUGUGACCAUUCCCUCCCUAUGUACACACAGCGUUACCCACAUGCGUAGACUGAACCAACAUUAAUUGAACUACCAGGGCUGAAUACCCCUUCCAAGGACUCUUUGUGUUGGGACCCCAAGCCAUUGGAGGAGCUGUGCUAUUAAGGUUGCUGGGGCCUUCAGAGGCUGAAUGUUUGGAUUUCAGGGUCUGCUUGCACACAGGGGUUGAGAAAGUGAAACAGUCCCUUUGAGAGGGGCAUCAAUUGAUGGCACAAAAAGUGGGGACUUUUUCAGAGGAAUUAGAAGUGGGACUUUUAUGUUCAAUAAUUGGGGCGGGGAGAGACAGGUCUGCAGGGAACCUGAUUGGUAUCAGACUAUUCCACCUCCAGUGAGAUGGAGACCUUGUCAUCAGGGAAGCCUUCUGGCUGGGGAGGAAAUGCUUGGGAUUCUUCUGUGUUUUCUGUCUGCUCAGUGUGUUUGACUUCUGGUCUCAAUCCCUUUGAGUCCAAGCCUCAGUCUUGUGUAGGUGCUACAUGGAUAUUGAACAUGCACAGAAGAAAUGAAUGAUGGAAUGAAGGGCAGCAGGGUUAAGGAAUAGUUCCUCUUGGUUCCUUUUGGUAUAGGAACUGGCGUGAGGCAUCCCUCAGCUCAUAGGGUCAGCCUUCCUCUGUGUGAAGAUCUUUCAUCACAGGGCUCUGGCUAUACUCUGUAGAACAUCUUGCAAGAGAUGGCAAAGCCGCUAGGAGUAAAAAAAAAUGGCUGGAGGAGAAAGGGUUAAGCAGUCCCUCCCUCUGCCUGUCCUCUGCUUGAGACUGCAGCCUCCUGUAGCUGCUUUUCAUUAAAAGAAAAGAUGGGAGACUAUGAUAUACAUCUGGUAGGUAAUACCUACUUAGGCCCUCAGUAGCUUACUCUGGACUACAGGUGGGGGUCCACGUGAUGGAAUGGGGAGAGGAAACACUUCAGAAUGAAAAGAAGGUUGUAAGGGCUGGGCUAGAACGCUGUUCCCUGACAUGCUAAUAUUCCGUGUAGGAAUCUUUUUCUUUUUCCACUACCUGAGCCUCCAUCUGCAGUUUGCACGUGGUACACUUCAGAUUCAGGCUUAUAACCCCACCAAGGAGAAAUAGGCCUCAGUGAGACUUCUUUCUUCAGCUCAUAAUCAUCAUUUUAGUGGCCCAGAUUGGUUGUAAAGGGAAUUCCCAAGUUUGAGGGGCUUCAGGGGGAUGCACUGGGAUUGAUGAGUGAUCCUGUGGUGAUUGCUGUGUUACUCCUAGGGGCUAGCAGUGGUGGUUGGGCUGUUACUUGGAGCCCACAGCCUCAGGAACCGUUCCCCUUCUUGUAAAUUGAAAGGCGGUUUGUGCUGAGUCAGUAUCUAAACCUGCUCCAAACACUCUGGGCCUCCUGCCAUGACCAAAUAUGCCAGCAGCAGAUCCAGGAGGGUGGGAAGACCUGGGUUGUCUGUUAUCGUGUAAAGAGGGAAAGGGCGAAAGAAGAAGUAUGCAACAACUAUUAUUGAUUCGUACACAAGCAUCCCUGCCCCCCAGGAUCUCCAGCUUAAUGUGCAAAGUGGAUUGUUGUUCUUCAUUGGCACCCCUGCAUAAUGAGCCUUUGCCCCCAUUAGGCAUUUCAAUGAUAAGUGUAGUGGGGUGUGUGUUCUGGGCUAGGACUCUCAGAACCAUCGAGGUGCUCGUGACCUGAAGUGUUCAUGCUCUAUUCCAAGAAGAGUGAAAUGCUAAAACUGAAAUCAGUUCCACAGUUUAACAAAAUACAGACCAAUCCUUUUAAUGCAAAUUGACUAGCGUUGCAAAAUCUUGCUCAGUCUGUAUGCUCUGUUCUGAAUCUGAUUUUUACCAAACGGGAGUGAGUUUGUGUGUGUGAAAAUUAUUAUUUUUAUGGGAAGGAACUGGUGAUAGAAGUAAAUGAAAGAAAGUAGGGAAAGGAACAUGACACUGGCAGCCGAGAGAGAGAGAGUGACCGGGUGUUGUUGGUGGAUAACAGGAAACCAUUCAGGGCACUGCCUUCUGCACAUGUUCCUUAAACACAUCUUUGAAAUCACAAGGAGAGCAUUCUGUUUGCCCGCAGAAAUGGCAACAACUUGCUUGGCAGCAUAGAGACUAUCUACUUUUGCUACGGUGUUAGCAUCCAUAGGCUGCAUAACAAUUUUUGGACACAUGAAAUUACGCAUAACAAUCCCAGUUAUGUGCUAGAAACUCCACUGUACUCUUCUUUUCUGUGUAGCUAUUUUUCAGCCUCAGUCACAUGGAUAAGGAGUUCCUUCUCCAGCUUCUUCCUCCGGCUUUGGAGACGCUGGAUGCUGCCAGAUGCGGGCCUUAUGUUGCAAGCAUGUCAUUCAGAUCUGAUUUUUCCUGUGUGUGCGUUUGGCACGUUAGCCUCCACACAUUCUCGUAUUUUCAAUCCUGGAUAGUCACUGCUAUUCUGCAGCUUGCCAUUCACACGAGAGAGGGCGAGUGUGACAAAAUGUAUCCCAACAGGUGUGCCAGUCUUCCUAUAAACUAAAGUAAUUCCUUUCUCCCAGCCUUCUCCAACUGGCCUUCAGCUGAAAACACCUUUUUUGGAGCUCUUAAAAAAAAAAAAAAUUCUCCAAGAGUUUCCUUGCAGCAGGAGGAAGCCCUGGGGCAUGGAAUUAUCAGAGAGACUUUGAACCCCUCCAGACAUUUUUUAAAUUGCACAUUCAUGAUUAUUUGUGCUCUUGAUGCUAUUUAGGUGGUCACAUGCGAUCCUGCUUGUUUGUUUGUGCCUGCAAAAGUUUUGAGGUGGUCCUACUGCUUCAUUUCCAAUCCAUCCAUAAUAUCCUGCUGUACUUUCCAUUCCACAAAUGUUCCUGUUUUUGUCUUUGUCCUGCUUUCUUUCGUUGCACUGUAGCCUCCUUGGGCAGCAGUAAUGUGGUAGGAUUGAGGAAGCACAAUAGAAUAAUCAAUAAAGCAGAACAAAUGCAACAUUAUUAUUGUGUCAAGAGUAUGUUGCAGAAUACACCUGCAAGAAUAUACCAACCUAGAGGGGCCCUUUAAAAAGGACAGGAAGAGGCAA